AUGGGUGAGUGGGCUUUGUUUUUUCCGAGGCCAUUUCCGUCGAUCGGUUGUCUUCCCAUGGCAUCCUGCGUUAAUAGAAGACUCCAAGAUAUGAACACUGCACUUGACCUUAUCUUGAACCACUUUGCAACUGAUUAA